AUGUCCUCCCCCAGCACCGUCUGCGACUUCCAAAAAGAGCGUUCCAACUUUCUCUCUUGGCUCGAUGACCAAGCCCGCCUCAUCAGACAUCAGCCAAAGUCAGAAACCAUUGCAGAAGUGAAAGUGAAUUUACGGGAACAUGCCGUCGAAUACCUCGAUCGAAUCACUCAAGCUGCGACUAUCAUGGCUUGUGAAGCAAAAGACCAUAUCUGCGUCACAGAAAAGCCACCCCUGUUCUUUGAGGUUGGGGUUCCGAAACUGUGUAGUGCGCUACAGCUACGAUUGCCCCAACUGGCCUCGAGGCUUGCUAUCAAUCCUAAAUGCGAUAUGUGUGUUCAUUUCAUUAUUAUGAACAUUCUGGCGGAGCCCGGGUUUUAG